UUUGUUUUUCUGGCAUUUACCACCCCACAGUUAUGACAAAACAUAAGUCAGUUUUGUUGAUCUCUUGACAGUGAAACCCUAACAUUGAAAGAUGUUGAGAGUUGCAGGGAGGAGGCUCUCAUCUCAGCCAUGGAAGCCACCGCAUGCAACCUCCGCCUUCCUUGCCGGAAACACUCCCCUUGAUAUUCAUGCCGUCGAUAAUGCUGACACCUCCAGAUCCACUCACUCGCCUCUUCCUUUUGCAUUCACUUCUCGCUUUCCCAGUCUAAUCAGAGGUUUCUCUUCUAAUGCCCUCAUUCCAGGACAUGAUGUGGGUAUAAUCUCAGACCUCCCAGCUACUGUGACAGCUGUGAAGAACCCAACUUCAAAAAUUACCUAUGAUGAGUACAAUCAUGAGCGUUAUCCACCUGGUGAUCCCAACAAGCGCGCUUUUGCAUAUUUUGUCUUAACAGGUGGUAGGUUUGUAUAUGCCUCCUUACUUCGUCUCUUGAUCCUCAAGUUGGUUCUAAGCAUGUCUGCAAGCAAAGAUGUUCUUGCCCUUGCUUCUCUUGAAGUUGACCUCUCCAGCAUUGAGCCUGGGACAACAGUUACUGUCAAGUGGCGUGGGAAGCCAGUGUUCAUUAGGCGUCGGACUAAAGAGGACAUUAGCUUGGCUAACAGUGUUGAUGUUGCCUCCCUUCGUGACCCACAGGAAGAUUCUGCCAGGGUUAAGAAUCCAGAAUGGCUUGUUGUUAUCGGGGUUUGCACCCACUUGGGAUGCAUUCCUUUACCAAAUGCUGGGGAUUUUAAUGGAUGGUUUUGCCCCUGCCAUGGUUCACACUAUGACAUCUCUGGCAGGAUUCGCAAGGGACCAGCGCCAUAUAAUCUAGAGGUGCCCACAUAUAGUUUCUUGGACGAAAACAAGUUGCUUAUUGGGUGACUGUUAGUAUGGGAGAUUUUUAUUUUUUGGAGCAGUAGUAGUUACUGCAAGAUAUCAUAAUAGAUAUUUUUCUCCACAUGAGGGAAGUUUGAUUUUGCAUAUUUAUUUUGUUUUCCUUUUGGUUAUUUUAUUGUGCUUUACACAUUUAGAUAUCUGUCUGUGGCGAAGUUCAGACAGGAAACUGAGAUUCUGAAUAAUAAAACGGGAAAUUGCUCGAGCAUUUUCAGUUUAAGAGUACUCAAAGUAAAUUCCAUUAAAUAUCAGAAUUGUUUUGUGA